CAGGCGUGUCACCCCUGCACGAAGGCUCCCGCCCGCUCCCUGAGCCCUGCGCGGUGGUCGGCUGCUCGUGCUCCCGCGGGGAGCGCCCCUUGGGGCUCCCGGCCACUUUCCGAGCGCCGCGUCUCCCGACUGCCCGCGAGUCGGCGGCCUCAGCGCCGACCCCGCCUCGUCCGCCCGCACCGCCUCCGCCCCUUGCCGCUGCCAGCCCAGGCGAGAGGGCACGACAGGCAAUGCCCUCCCGGCCAGUUCCCGUUCCGGGCCGGGGCGCGGCCGCUCCUGCUCCCAGCCUCCCGCAGCUGCCAGUGCCGUGAGCUUUCUCGGCUUCGGCGCUGCCCCGGGCCUCGGUACUCCUCGGUUCCCGCUCUCUCGGGCCUUAGUGCUCCUCGGUUCUCGCGCUCCCGGGCCUCAGUGCUCCUCGGUCCCCGCGCUCCCGGGCCUCAGUGCUCCUCGGUCCCCGCGCUCCCGGGCCUCAGUGCUCCUCGGUCCCCGCGCUCUCGGGCCUCAGUGUUCCUCGGUCCCCGCGCUCUCGGGCCUCAGUGUUCCUCGGUCCCCACGCUCCGAGCCUCCGCUCGCUCUGGUUCCCUGCUGCUGCGAGGUCUGCACACGUGGAGCCCAAAUUCCAGAAAGAAAUUGGAAAUUGAAGAUUUCAGAAGAGGGCAGCACUGAGAGCGAGGAGGGCGUCCUGGCUCCUGAUUGGCCUCUGCCAGGAAGACACCUGUAGCCAAAGAUGAGUUUGGGCAAAGUAGUCGCUUGCUCCUUCAGCCAUGGAAAAGCAGGGCCACAGUGAGGCGGGAAUAAUCUCAUCUGAGUCUCACUCCCAUGUUAAAUUAUUGAAAAUCCACCGGGAACUUCUGGUCACCCACAUCCGCAACACCCAGUGUCUGGUGGACAACUUGCUGAAGAAUGACUACUUCUCUUCUGAAGAUGCAGAGAUCGUGGGUGCCUGCCCCACGCAGCCCGACAAGGUCCGCAAAAUUCUGGACCUGGCACAGAGCAAGGGCGAGGAGGUGUCUGAGUUCCUCCUCUAUGUGCUCCAGCAACUCACAGAUGCUUACGUGGAUCUCAGGCCUUGGCUGUCGGAGACUGGCUUUUCCCCCUCGGAGCUCAUUCAGAGCAAAGUUGUCAUCAACACCGACCCAGUGAGCAGGUACACGGAGAAGCUGCGACAGCAACUGGCCCGUGAUUCCAAGUUCGUCCUGUGCUACGCCCAGAAGGAGGAACUGCUGCUGGACGAGACAUACAGCGACACCAUCGUGGAGCUGGUGGGCUUCAGCAACGAGAGCCUGGGCCCGCUGGAGAGCCUGAGCUGCCUGCUGGACCACCGCACCGGGGUCCUCAGCGAGCAGGGCGAGACCAUCUUCAUCUGCGGGGACGCGGGCGUGGGCAAGUCCAUGCUGCUGCAGCGCCUGCAGAGCCUGUGGGCUGCGGGGCGGCUGGACACCGAGUUCAAGUUCUUCUUCCACUUCCGCUGCCGCAUGUUCAGCCGCUUCAAGGAGGGUGACACGCUGUGCCUGCAGGACCUGCUCUUCAAGCAUUACUGCUACCCGGAGCAGGACCCCGAGGAGGUGUUCGCUUUCCUGCUGCGUUUCCCCCAGACGGCCCUCUUCACCUUCGACGGCCUGGACGAGCUGCACUCAGACUUUGAUCUGAGCAGCGCAUUGGACACCUGCUCCCCCUGGGAGCCCGCCCACCCCCUGGUCCUGCUGACCAACCUGCUCAGCGGGAAGCUGCUCAAGGGGGCUGGCAAGCUGCUCACAGCCCGCACAGGCGUGGAGAUCCCACGCCAGCUUCUCCGCAAGAAGGUGCUCCUGCGGGGCUUCUCCCCUAGCCACCUGCGCGCCUACACGAAGAGGAUGUUCCCCGAACGCGCUGUGCAGGAGCACCUGCUGGCCCAGCUGGAGGCCAACCCCAACCUCUGCAGCCUGUGUGCCGUGCCCCUCUUCUGCUGGAUCAUCUUCCGCUGUUUCCAGCACUUCCACAGCAUUUGGGAGGGCUCUGCGCAGCUGCCCGACUGCACGGUGACCCUCACCGACGUUUUCCUGCUGGUCACUGAGGUGCACCUGAACAGGACGCAGCCCACCAGUCUGGUGCAGCGGAACACGCGCAGCCAGACCGAGACCUUCCACGCCGGCCGGGGCACCUUGCGCUCGCUUGGGCAGGUGGCCCAUGGUGGCAUGGAGAAGAGCCUCUUUGUGUUCCGCCAGGAGGAGGUGCAGGCAGCUGGGAUGCAGGAGGGGGAGCUGCAGCUGGGCUUCCUGCGGGCCGUACCGGAGCAGGGCCUGGGCGGGGACCAGCAGUCCUACGAGUUUUUCCACAUCACCCUCCAGGCCUUUUUUACUGCCUUCUUUCUCGUGGUGGAUGACAAGGUGGACACUGGGCAACUGCUCAGGUUUUUCCAGGAGUGGGCUCCUGGGGGGGCAGGAGCCGAAUCCUGCUAUCCCCCCUGUCUCCCCUUCCCGUGCCUGAAGGGCAGUGGCCUGGCAGGGGAGGACCCCUUCAAGAAUAAGGAUCACUUUCAGUUCACUAACCUCUUCCUGUGCGGGCUGUUGUCUAAGGCCAAACAGAAACUCCUGCAGCACCUGGUGCCCGCCGCUGCCUUGCAGAGAAAGCGCAAGGCCCUGUGGGCACACCUGUUUGCCAGCCUGCGGGCUCACCUGCAGAACCUGCCCCGCGUGAAGUCUGGGGCCUUCAACCAGGUGCAGGCCAUGCCCACCUUUGUCUGGAUGCUGCGUUGCAUCUACGAGACGCAGAGCGAGAAGGUGGGGCAACUGGCGGCCAAGGGCAUCUGCGCCAACUACCUCAAGCUGACCUUCUGCAACGUGUGCUCGGCAGACUGCAGCGCCCUCUCCUUCGUCCUGCACCAUCUCCGCAAGCGGCUUGCCCUUGACCUGGACAACAACAAUCUCAACGACUACGGCGUGCAGGAGCUGCAGCCUUGCUUCAGCCGCCUCACGGUCAUCAGACUCAGUGUAAACCAGAUCACAGACAGUGGGGUGAAGGUGUUGUAUGAAGAGCUAACCAAAUACAAAAUCCUGACCUUCUUAGGCCUGUACAACAACCAGAUCACUGAUGUGGGAGCCAGGUACAUUGCCAGGAUCCUGGACGAGUGCAAAGGCCUCACGCACCUCAAACUGGGGGAGAACAAAAUAACGAGUGAAGGAGGAAAGUGCCUGGCUGUGGCUGUGAAGAACAGCAAAUCAAUCUUCGAAAUCGGGAUGUGGGGCAACAGAAUCGGUGAUGAAGGAGCAAAGGCCUUCGCAGAGGCUCUGAGGAACCACCCCAGUCUGACUAACCUCAGUCUUGCAUUCAACGGCAUCUCCAGAGAAGGAGGAAAGAGCCUUGCACAGGCCCUGGAGCAGAACACCUCUCUGAGAAUAUUCUGGCUCACCAAAAAUGAACUGGAUGACGAAGUGGCAGAGAGCCUGGCAGAGAUGUUGAAAGUCAACCAGACAUUGAAACAUUUAUGGCUUAUCCAGAACCAGAUCACAGCCAAGGGGAUUGCCCAGCUGGCAGAUGCCUUACAGAGGAACACUGGCAUCAUGGAGAUCUGCCUAAAUGGAAAUCUGAUAAAGCCAGAGGAGGCCAAAGUCUUUGAAGACGAGAAGCGGAUCAUCUGCUUCUGAGGCCGCCUCCACGUGUGGGGUCCACGCCCCGGGGAGGAGACAGGGCACGAGUGUGCCUGCUGAGCCGUUUAAGUGACUGUAACUACGCCACGAAGAGACAUGACGCAUAUCCAGGAUCUUUUUAUCGGACAUGGAAUAAGACUGAGUUCAGAACUGGUCCUCAGGACCAGGGAAGCGAGUUAGUCAUACUGUCCCCAUGGAAGAGUUGAGGACAUGGUAGAGAGUUAGUGCCAAACUUCUGGCAGAAAAGGUGCUCAACAAACAUGUGGGGUUUUUUUGUUUUGUUUUUUGUUUUUUUACCUGGAACCUUCUCUUGCUCCUCAGUACCUCCCCACAGGUUGACGGCCGGCCCACCUUUCACAGCUACAGAUUAACUGACAUACACACAGGGUUGGGAUAUGACACGUCCAAGGUUUUGUCGAAGGCUCCUUGUAGGCUUCUGUUUUAGUCCUUGGGUCUCAGUAUCUGUUGGCAGAGAUCAUGGGGUGCUCUCUUAGCAGGUCUAAGCGAAAGGGUGGGGUCUUCGUGACGCUGAGUUUCUGCUUGGGGCUUUCUCAUGCUGGGCUGACCUCCUCAGGAAGGCUGAUAAGGGUGGGCCCAAGUGCUCUGCACCAGGAGGAAGAACCUGUGCCCAUCCUCCAAAAGGAGUAAGGCCUGGCUUGUCUUUGUGGCCCUGGGAUCCAAACAGAAGCUUCUCUGUCUCUUGCCCUCCUGAGGAAGGGGAAGUGUCUCUCUCCCUGCCUCAGAGCAGUUGUGAGGAUGACUGAACUGGACUUAAGGCUGAGGGGGUUGCUGAGAACCCUGUUAGGAGACCGUGUCACAGGGACCAUCGUGGCAGGCACGUGCUGGAUGUUACAUGGGGGAGAGGGUGGUCAUAUUACCAGAUAAAUUGUUCUUUUGCCAAGUCAUUUAAUAAAGUACUGAAAAGGGA